AUGAGUGAUCGCACACAAGCCCCCCAUCAUGUCCAAGUCCACACCACAACAGAACGCUUCGAAGCCGGUGUAGUUCCUGGACCGCGUUAUGAACGAGCUGUUCGUCCUCCACAGAGUUAUGAAACUGGAGUUAAGACUAGCUCUUGCCCUGCUGAGAGAGUUCCCUCCGCUUCUCAGGUCCUCGCUGUGGUCGUCGGCCUUCCGGUUGGCGGCAUCCUCCUUCUUUUGGCGGGACUUACUCUGGCCGGAACUCUAACUGGGCUGGCGGUGGCAAUCCCGCUUUUAAUUCUGUUCAGCCCGAUUCUGGUUCCGGCCUCUGUGGUCAUCGGGCUGGCGGUGGCGGGGUUUUUGACUGCGGGAGCUUUCGAGCUGACGGCGAUGUCUUCGUUCUCGUGGAUCUUGAAUUACAUCCGGGAGAGCCAGGGGCCGAUGCCGGUGAACCUAGCAGCAGCGGCAAAGCAUCAACUGGCGGAUGCAGCAGAAUACGUGGGGCAGAAGACAAAGGAAGUGGGGCAGAAGACGAAGGAGGUUGGUCAAGAUAUACAGAAUAAAGCCCAUGAUGCGAAGGAAAAGAGUGCCAAGGAAGCCAGAGAAGCCAGGGAGGCCAGGGAUGCGAAGGAGGCAAGGGAGGUAAAGAGAACAACAAUAUCAUCAACAGCCACAACCGACGGAGUACUGUGA